AUGAAUACAAAUCCUACAUUUAAAACUCCUGAAAUCGAUUUAUCAAAGAUCCAUGCUCCAAAAUCAGCAAGGUCUACAUGCCCACGACGAAAAUCACUACAACCUUCUCCUGUUAAGCUAAAUCAAUCAUCACAACUACUUGCAAACGAAUUAAAAAGCUCUCCAAUUCUUCAAACUACAUUAGAUCUUUCACAAGUUACAGAAACAACAUCAAAACUACUUCCAAAUAAGCUUGUCGACCAGGGUGAUGCAAUUUCUUACGUUUCUAAAAGUGAUUCAGGUUCACCAGAUAUUUUACUUCAAUUCGGUUCACUUAAUAGAGAGAAUAGAUAUUCAUUUAGUGUACUACAACAACCACCAAUUGAUGGAGAUUUCCAAACAGUUUCAAGAAGUGGAGUUAUUACUUUACAACAAAAUGGGUUUUCUGAAUUUCUUUCGCUAGAUGCAUUCAUAAAAGAAAAGAUGAACUUCGAUAUGAUAUCAAAAAUCAAUGUUUUCUCGCAGUUCAAAGAAUAUAAAACUUUUAAGAUUUGGAAAUUGAGAACAAUCAAAAAUCUGUUCAAUAAAAAGCGUGAUAGUAUUUCCCAGAAGUCAUGGUUAACAAAAACGCCUUUACCACCGAAAUUUUUCGAAUUUAGAAAAAUUAUUCAAAAUCUUUACAAGUGCGAACUGUUUCCAAUGAAUACAGUCAAAAUACACUAUUUCAAUGUUAUUAAAAGAGAUUUUGAGGACUCUGCAGAAAAAAAUUUAGUAAUAGUUCAAGAAUGCUCAGCAGCAACUACAAAAUUACUUAGAGAGUUAGCAGAAAACCUAUACGACAAAUAUUUAUUCGAGUCAACACCAAGAAGCAUUGAUUAUGUAAAAGAUAAAAAGAUUCCGUCUGAAUUACUAUCAGCAGCCACUUGUCUGCAUAAGCAUGGAUUAAGUAUUGUUGAAGAAGAGCUCGUAAAAGAACAAAGACAAAAAAGAAUUGAUAUUGCUUUUAAUAAUGUGAAAAGUUUGAAACAAUUUUCCGCAGUUUGUGAUGAAAACAUCAUCAAAAUCCUUUUGGAACUAUUCAGAAAAGAAGCAAAGAAGUUAUGUAAUAUUUUUAUCACAGAUAACCAUGAAAUUACAUUCAAAGUAUACUUAACAUUCUUGAAUAACUCCAUUUGCCUCUCUCCAAGCUUUGAAGAGUUCCAAUCUCUUAUGAAUUCCACAUUGGAAUUAUAUCUCAGAUAUUUCCAUUCUUAUUUGCGGCCAAUAUGCAUUGAUAUGAAAGGAGAGCUACAUGUAUCAGAAGAAGAUAUGCAGAAUCAUACUCCUUGGCGCAUUUUAAUGAAAAAUGAUUUAAUAUUUAACGAAUAUCUUGACAAAUUCAUGAAUGCUCUGAAGGAAAGCUACGAUGAAGCAUACCAAACGCUAUUGACAUACAAGAACACAACACAUGACAUAUACGAAAUGGACAGACAAUGGGAAUCAAUCAAAAAUUCGACAGAUUUGACAAUUUUCAUAAAUAAUUUGUCAAAUCUGAACAAAUUGAAAGAGAGUGCGUAUUCUUUCAGAAUGAAUUACUCCCAUGGUAUGAUAUCUUUAGAAGCACAUGCUUUGCAAGAUGACUUGAAAGUUGUUGUUGAUAAAUUAAUUGAAAAUAACAACAAUAUUUUGUUCCGAAACUACAAAAUCAUCUGCCAAAACAUUAUUUCUGAUGUGAAGCAGAAGAUAGAUUCAUUAAAACUCAGUGGAGAUACACUUGAAGAUUUAGCUGUUUUUAAUCUCGGAAUUUCAAAUGCAUUGAAUUUUAUUCCUGAAUUAACUAAAUCCACAGAAAUUGUAAAUUCGAUUUACAGCAAAGCCAUCGAAAUGGGUGACUUCUUAACACCUAUAUUAUCACAAAGUCUUCAAGAAGUUAACACUGUGAUCGAUGAUUUCAAGAGCUUGUUGAAUCGUUCUCAACAAAUGAUGCUGGAAAGAAAAGAUUACAUUAAUUCGAUUUUGAAUGAACAACAAAAAGAAAUCGAAAAGAAAAUUGGAAUUUUCGGAAGACAGUUGAAGUCCCAGUUCAGCCAAAUCGAACCAAAUCAAUCUCCUUCUGUCGCUAUCAAUGAUAUCAAUGAAUGUCUUGAGAAGAUAAACAACUUAAAAUCGACAAUCAAAGAAUUUGUAAAUACCGCAAGUCGAUUGAAUUUUAGCGGUUAUGACUUUUCUCAAAUUGAUAAGACAGAAAGCGAAUUGAAAAAGAUUUUGCAGUAUUGGAAUGAAUAUCAAGUAUUCAUGGAUGAGUACAACUUCUUGGUUGAAUCAAAGAUGGUCGAAUUGGACAUGAAUAGAAUGAUUGAAUUCCUAGGAAAUUAUAAUGAAAGAGAUUUGAAAAAUGUUCAAAAUCCACUUUUUGAACGAAUGUCACUUUUCUUUGGCCAAUUAUAUGAAUAUCAGCCUUUAUUCCAUAUAUUAUCGAAAGUCCAAUUUAAUUCGGAAAGAUGGUUCGGAUUCUGCCAAAUUCUCGAGAUGAAUUUCGAACAAUUCAAAUUUAUGAUUGUCAAAAAAGUUUUGAAUCAAACAUUGAUGGAUAAAUUUGAUUUGAUAAGAAAUUACAUCUUGAACAUGCAGCAGAGAGAAGACAUGAUCAAGACAUUCAACAAUUAUCACGAAGAAUAUUCGAAUAUUGUGUUUAAAUUCGUUCAUUCGAAUAUUUGCAAUCACUCUGUCAUAUCUUUCCCGAAUUUAUCAGAUAUUACAACUCAAUUGCAAAAUUAUUUGUUGUAUAUCGAAAACUCUUCAUCUUCUGAAUAUUUUGAUUCAAUUAAAUUAAGAGCAGAAGUUUGGAAAAGUGAACUCAACCAAAGUGUUUCGAUUUUGAACAGUUUGUUUGAUUUCCAGUCACAAUAUAUCUUCAUGUCAUCGCUUUUGGUUUCUUUCCUUUCUUUGCAUUUUUCUUACGAAUAUUUGCAUAUACAAAAUAUUAAAAAUUGGUUUUUGUCAUUUUUAGAAAAAGUGACAAAAGAACCACAUUUGAUAUCAUUAGUUCCAAAAAGCGAAGAGAGAUUGCAAUCAGAAUUAAGUAGCAGUGAAAAUACAGCUAUGGUUUCUACGAAAUCAUUAAAUUCUGAAUUAUUUAAUUCAAAAGCAUCAUUAUCAAGUUUACAAAACAGUCAAAUCAAAGGAAUUUCAAAUGAUAUCUUGUUGAGAGUAACAAAUUCUGAUCCAUCAAAGUUUGUUGGUGAUUUCUUGAUCAAUCUUUUAAAUGAAUGCAAAAAGAGAUGUCAAUUUGUUUCAAAAGAAAUCGAAAACUUGUUUGACAUACAAAGAAAAGAAUUUCCAAGAUUAUAUUUCGUUGACAACAAACAACUUUCGAAUAUAAUUUUAAGUUGUUUGAACUUAAAACAAAGCAUUGAUGAUUUGAAACCAAUCUUCCCAUCUAUUUCUAAAGUCGCUAUCUCUAUUACAGAUCAAGAAAGUUUAGUUGGAGUUACAAAUAAUUUCGGAGAAACUUAUUUGUUUUCUGGUGUUUUUCCACUUGAAAAAUAUACAAUUACACAAAUUUUGAAUGUAAUUGAAAAUGAAAUGAGAAACUCAGUGAAAACAUCAAUUGGAGAUGCUUUUACUUCAAGAGAAUACACAGAUCUAUCUAAGUGGUACCAAAAGUAUCCAAUACAGUCUUCUUUGAUUGCAGAAAAUGCUUAUUUCUUCUCUUCUGUCAUGGAAAUUUUCUCAAGAGAAUAUUCAAAAAUUGAUUGGUUGUUGUUCAAACAAAAUGUACAAGAAACCAUUAAAUUUUUGUCGAAAGAGCUUCAGUAUUAUCCUGAGAAAUCAGUCUUAAUCAAUCUCCUUAUGUCUUUGAAGCUGAGACACAGAGAUAUUUUGCAAAGUUUCGAAUCAGAAGAAAAAAUAUCUCAGUUUUCUUUGAAAUUUAGACGUCACUUUUUCCAUCAAAGAAAUCCAUAUGGAGAUAUUUUCGUCAAUUUCGCUGAUAACCAAACUAUUCCUUACUACUAUGAGCUUAUUACUGAACCGAGAUUGUUCCCAAUGACUGAUUCGGAAGAAGAUUCUUUCCUUGUCUUUGCUCAUUGUUUAACAAACCCCGAAACAUUUUUCAUCAAACAAUUUUCAGAUGAAAACAAUCGAAAUCUUCUGAAAGUUUUUGCUGAUUACAUUGGAAUGCCUUACUUCGAAAUUUGUUCUACAAAUAUGCUCGAUAAUUUCAUUGUUGCAGCCAACAAAAUCAAAGCAAUUGUCAACAUUUUGAGUUUUCCAAGCAUUACUUCUCAGAUGCAUGAUUAUUUCAGAUGUGUUGAAGACAAAUUGACAACUAUGAAGAGUUCCAAUUCCUUCCAUGAAAUAACGAUUGGGCCAACAUCAUUCCUCAUUAAUUUCCAACAAGAAAACAUUCCUUCGUCAUUGAAACAAAGACUGAGACCAAUUCAUUUGAAUAAAACAUCUAAAACAGAAUUUCUACAAAAAAUUAAAGAGAUUCAGGAACUUAACAGAAACAAUGACAUUCAACAUGACAUUAAAUUGGAUUUGUUAUCCAAAUUGGUAUUGAGACAAAACCAAAUUCAAGAGAUAUCGCAAAACAAAAAGAAAUUUAGAAUUUUCUUCGAUAUUUGCGAAUUUUUGUUGACAGGAAAAGUUGUUAAAUACGAAGAACCAAUUACAAUAAAUCUCUCGGAAACAUUAUUUCAAAAGAUAGAAAACAUCAAAGAUCAAGUCUUCCAAUUGGACACAAACUCGUCUAAAUCAUACAGACAAGACUAUCCAACAAAAUCCAUUUCGAAGAAAAUUAUGAUUACUUCGAAAUCAACUUUAAUUGCUAUGUCAUUAAUUUUUGUUUCAUUAGGAGAGAAAAUACAAAGAAUCACGUAUUCAAUCUCAAGUUUAACUGAUGAUUAUGUUAAUUUAGUAAUCAAUGAUUACGGAUCGAUUCAAUUUAUGAUUUUUAGAGAAAUCAAAGAAGAAAAUGUUGAUUCUAUAAUAAUUCCUGACAUUUCCAUAAAAGAUUUUGCAUUAAUACUGGUAGAAUACAAAUCAUUCAAGCAGAAUCAAGUGGAAAUCCUUGCAUUCGUUGAUUCUUUCAUCAAUCAAAUGACUUCUUCUCAAAAAAGUUUGCAAAAACAUGAUGGUCAAAUUUUGAAUGAAUUAAUUAAAAACGUGAACACAAUAAGAUACAUUUCUGAGACAGACCAAUCAAUAACAAUGUCCAAACUGAUUGAAUGCGUAUUCACCAAAGAAUACAAACAAGCGUUGAUCACUGAAGAAAAAAUCAGAUUUAUUCCAUUGAAAACUUUUAUGCCUUUUGUUAUUACUGGUGAUUUAUCAUCAGGAAAAAGGACAUUUGCAAAACAAUUUGUCAAUGACAAGAAAGACAAAAAAGAUUUAGUUCUUUAUGCAUCUUCUUUCAACAAAAAGAUUCACAUGAAAGUUUUUAAUUACUUGAAAUUGAUGAAAAGAAAUGUUUAUUGUCCGAAAUUUGGAAAUUCUUUGUGGAUUGUUUUGUUCGAUUUCAACAACGCCAUAAAAGAAGUUCAAGAUUUCGUUUACGGUUUGUCACUUUUCAAGACUAUACAAUCUCCGGAAGAUAAUAUCUAUUAUUAUUGUGAGAAUGUUCAUUUAGUUGUUACAACUAAUGAUAUCAAACCAUUUUACGAAAUGCAAGUUCCGUUUUAUUUGAUUGAACAAAAUGGAAAUGAAAAUUCGAUCGAUUGGAAGAAAUUAGAGUCAAAUAUCAUUUUCGGAAGCAAUUUAGAAAAAGUUAAAUCUCUAUUAGAGAACUAUGAAAAACCAGCAGUUGUUAAAUCAUUCUUAGAACAAAAUACAAAAAUUGACACUGUUGAAGUGUUUUUCAGAAUUUUCUCAAUUUAUUUCGGUUUAGAAAACGCUUUGAAGAUUUCUUCCAGUUUCGCAAUCAAUGAACAAAACAUUAUUGAGUAUCAGAACCAUAACUUUUCAACAGCAACUUUGCCAACGGAAUUCAAUUUUGUUUCGAUUUUGUUUGAAAUAAUUAAUUUGCAAUUGAAUGUAAUUUUGAACUUGGAUUCUUUGAAUUAUUUCAGACAUAUAAAGAACACUGAAUUUGUUGUCUUGGACAAUUCUGAUUUCCACAACCAGUUGUUUAAAGCAUUAGUUAAGAUUUCUCAAAACAAAAACAGAACAACAUUCAUUUUGGACAUGAACAAAAUGAAUUGGGAUGAAGUUUUUGAUGUUUUGUCUUUCUUUUUGUUCAAUUCAGAAAAUACUUUGGCUUCAACUUAUUUCGAUCAACACGAGUUCACUAUACUUAACAACUACUUGAACACAGAGAAAACAAAUAAAGCAAAUAGAGAAAACUUCAAUUUGUUGUUCAAUUUAGUUAAUUUCUUCAUUUUAGUUUCAGAUGAAAGUCAGUAUUUACAAAUUCCUGAUUUAUUCAGACAAAAAAUGAUUUUGCUGCAACUGAAUAAAUCAUUAAACCUUGGAGUAUUGACAUCCACCAAUCAAUACAUUGAAAGAGUGUCUCCUUAUGUCAAAAACUUGAACACAAGAGAAUUUGAUCAUCAUUGUAAGAACCACAUCAAACAAUUUAAUGACAGAUUUUCCGAUUUCACUUCAGAAAUCAAUGUCAUUAUCCAAUUUAUGCAAAACUUGGCAUCAUUGAAAUCCAAAUUAGAUAUUGGUGGUUCUAAAUCAAACGAUGAAUCAGAGAUUGAUGAAAACGAAAUUCAAAAAAGAGUUCAAUUAUUGGAACAAAAAUACAAAGAUAGUUUACAAAAAGAAAAUGAUUUGAACAAGCAAAAAGAUGAAAACAUGCAAAGAUUGACAUUUAUAAACAACGGAUUACAAGUUGAUCUGCAAGAUAAAUACAACAAACUCAUAAAUAACAUGAAAUCUUUGCCAUUACAAGAGCAGCAACAUCAAAUCAAACAAUGGUUGAAUGUUCAAGACCAAACAUUUAGUUUUUCAAACAUUUUCAAGGAUAUUUUUGGAAUUGCAACUACAUCUAAUUUCUCUGAUCCUUCAUCUUCAUCGCCACAAACAACUUUGUUAGUUAACAAUCUAUCACAAAUUGUUUUGGAUCAAAUUGAUUCUUCUCUUGUUGCAAAAUUGGCAAAAUUCAACUUAAAAGGAGAAAAUAACUACACAGUUAUCAUGAAAGAAUCUGAAUUUGGAGAAAACAAGCUAUCUAACAUUGCUGUUGCCAAUAACAUUGUUGGUUGCUUGUGUUAUAUUGUUCAUUCAAUAACUUUGUCGGAUGAAAGAAAAUCAAUUUCUCAAGAUUUGACAUCGUUAAACACAAGAAUUAAAACGCAUAAACAACUUGUGAACAGAUACAAGCAACAGUACGAAGAACUUCUUGAAACAGCUAAAAGACUGUCUGGUGUUUCGGAAUGUCCUUCUUGGCUUCUUAAAGCUUGGGAAUCAAAUCAAAAUGACGUUGUCAAAUUAUUCACUCAAAUUGAGAAAUUUAUGGAAGUAAUGAACUCAGUUAUUACUGAUUCCGUUGAGACAGAACAUCUUGUUAAACAGUUCACAGCAAUACAAGUGAGUUAUCCUUAUGGAAUAAGCUCAUUUGAUCAAUCACAAAGAUACGAAAUUUUGAAAUCAGUUGAACUAAAAAUGUUCACGAAUCCAUUUGAAUUGAUCAAAAAUCAUAUGGCUUUGCAAAUGUAUUUCCCAGUGAAAACAAUCAAAUCUUUGUUUACUAUUUGCGAUAAUAACACUAAGACAAAUACAAAGUUGUCAAUUAAUACGGCACAAAUCUUUAAUGUAAUUAAUUUUGUUGAUCAAAUUGUUUUUUAUAAUUUGUUGCCAUUGAAACCAAUUUUCUUUUCCGAAAAAGAAAAAGACAAUGAAAACCUGAUUCCUGAACCAUUAAAUAUCUUCUAUGAUCCACAAAAUGUUUGUCAACAACUAUUAAUAGCAAGCCAUCAAGAGAAUUCAAGGAUUUUGUUCACUUCUUCUGAAUAUCAUGAAACUCUCAUUUCUGCGAUUUCUAGUGGAGAAACCGUCAUUGUUGUCAUUGAUUCUGUCGAAAGUGGAAUAAAGUUUUGCGAUGAUAUUUCACAUUUGAGAUUAGAACUACAGGCUACAAGGACAGUUCAUUACAAGAAUAUCGCACGUCCUGUUAGUUUUUCAUUCAAAAUGUUUGUUGUUUCUGUUGUUGAUUGUAAUUUUCUUUCAAAAACGAAGAAAAACAUUUGUGUUAGUAACUUUUCUGUUAAAGAUCUCCAUAAAACAGAAUGGUUCGACAUAAGUUGCGUUCUCUGUUGCAACAAGAAACUCUUCGAUGAUAUCAUACAAUCGAUUGAUAUCUAUGCUCAGAAAACAAAUGAUUUCUACGAAUUGAUACAGAAAAUCACUGAUUUUUCAAGAGAUUCGUGGCCAGAAUACUUUAAUAACAGUAUAAAGAUGAUAAACAUGAGGAAUUCUCUUGAUAAGUUGGUUAGUUUGAGAAAUGAAAUCAAUAAAACAAUCAGUGACAUCGAAAACAUUAUGAAAGAAAUCAAGAAAUUCACAACAUUUACAAACCUUUGCAAAGAUGUAAUUGAUUGUGUAAAAGACGAGCAUAGUGUUUAUCAGCUUUUAAUUGCAAUAAAGAACAACGCGAAAACAAAUUUGACUCCCCAAUCAUCUGUAACUGUUUUCGAAGAUAUUUUGUUGACAUUCAGUUCUAUGCUUCCUUCAAGCGAAAGAUUGGGAAUGAUCUGCAAUUUCGAGCAUUUCUAUAUGAAGAAAUAUCUCGAUAACACAAGGAAUUUGUAUUUGGAAGGAACAUUUCCAAACAUUCAUUCGAAACAGAUAAGGUUAGUUAUGCCGCAGUUAAUUAAUCAUAUUACUUCUAUAACAACAUUAACUCCAAAAGCUUACUUCACUCACACAACUGCAGAAACAAUUCCUGAUCCAUCAGAACAUCCUGUUUUUAUUGUUGUCGACAAAUUGAUUUCUUGCGAUUUUGCUGCUCGUUUUAUUUCGAAUUCUUUGAAGAAAAAGACUUCGAUUUAUGGUUCUUUUUCACACGAAAUCAUUUCAAAACCAUCAUCAAUUGAGAAGUUAAUUAUUUACAGCAAAAAUACUGAUCAAACAAUCAUAAUGAUUUAUGAUUCGAGUAUGGAUGAUUUUGUUAUUCCUGCGAUGAUUGAUUUCUCUCACAUUCACAACUUCAACAAUUUCUAUGUUUUGAUGUCUGAAGAAGAGAAGAUAAAGAUGAGUCCAAUCUUCUUCGAAUACAUAAUGAGCAGACCAUGUACAAUUGCAGGAAUUACAUCGAUUCUUGAAAAGUUCCCAGUGAAUGUGACGGAAAUGAGAAGAUUUGAAGGUCCUUUCGUUCAUCUCCUCAUUUGUUUGAGUCAGAGAAUUGAUUUCAAUAUUCCAAUCAGCCAAAUAAUAAGUAUUUGUAGAAUUUGUUACACAAUAUUUGAAGAAAAAAGUUUCAGUGAUGAUGAAUAUCGAAACAGUGUUUCUCAUUUCGCUUAUUCUCUUUUGUCUCAUUACACCAACGACAAAGUAAUUAGAGAUUCAAUUAACUGUAUAAUGAGUUAUUUCUUCGGAGAAAAAGAGCCAAGAAUACAAGGAUCAAGUCAUGCUGAUAUAAGCAAUGAUGCAGUUUAUUAUUCAGAUACUCCAAUUGUUCCAACAAAUAGUUUCAUGAUGAACAACUUUGGAGAACAAAUAGAUGUUGGAGUAAGAAAAGGAUGGAAGAAUAUUUUCAACUGUGAUGUUAUUUACUUCGAAACUGAAGAAAGAAAACCAAGAUUCGAAAUUUCUUCAUUAAAGUCUUCGAUUUCAAACAAUGAUUCUGAUUCUAACGAAGAAGAAGACAAAAAUGAAUUUAUCAAAGUCGAAGAAGAAAAGCCAAUUGUUAUUAAAGAUGCAGUUCUUUGUAAUGCAUAUUUAAACAACGGAUAUUUGUCGAUUUUUGGAAACAAAGCAAUCAAUUUGUUUGGAUAUAAAACUCCAAAUAAAUCAACAUCUGAUAAUUCAGAUCAAAACUUAGUUCAGUGUUGCGUGUACGACUCUGAUGAAUUCCUUGGAUAUGUUUCUAUUCCAUGCACAUCAGAUCGUGUACUUUGGCAGUCAUCUUCAAUACGUGUCAUUUUACCUCAUAUCAAUUUAUAA